UUUCCCCUCGAAGUCGGCGACAGCCAAAGUCAGUAGCACAAGGUGUUAGAUGUGUAUAGUUGAUUUUUUGGACGCUUUCUUUUUUACCUAGAGGACAGACUCUUGCGUACAAGGUGUAACUGCAGUUUCUUAACUGGAUUUGUCUCAACACGUUUAGCGUUCUGAGAACCUUUAACCAAAAAGACAUCCGUUCCAACUCUUACUCUGUCAAGAUGUCUGGAAACCAAAGCAACACAAGUAAAAACCAUUGUGAUUUUGACAAUAGUUUGAUCUUCACUCUGGUUCCACCCUACAUCCUGGUCAUCAGCGUGCUUGGAAUCAUCUUUAAUGUGUUUGUGCUGAUGGUUUUCUGCCUCCACAAGAAGGCCUGCAGUGUGGCUGAGAUAUACCUGAGCAACCUGGCUGGAGCUGACCUCGCUCUGGUGUGCUGUUUGCCCUUCUGGGCUGAAUAUGUAAGAAAAGGCUUUAAUUGGACUUUCAGUGAAAGCCUGUGCGAAGUGACAUCAGCUGUUAUCUACAUGAAUGCAUUCUGCAGCAUCUACUUCCUUGUUCUGGUUAGCAUAGAUCGUUAUGUGGCACUGGUGCACCCGCUUUCCCAUGAGAGGAUACGCCAGCCGUUCUAUGCCAAAUUGGGAUGUCUGUUUGUUUGGAUUCUUGGCUUGGUCUUUGCUCUCCCCAUAUUCAUCUACAGGAAGUUAGAAUUCAAGCCUCAGUCAAAUCUUACUUACUGUUCACUUAACUUCACUUCAGAUCAAUAUCUGGCAUCUGAGGUGAUAACAAUAACAUUCAGCUUCAUCAUCCCUGUCAUCAUUAUUUUGUUCUGCACUGUCAAAAUUAUUCAAGCUCUGAGAAAGAGGCUAAUAGAGGUUUUAAGCAUUCAGAAAACGGAUCAGAAGGCCACCACUCUCAUCCUGGCAGUUCUCCUGGCAUUCCUGAUCUGCUGGGUGCCAUUCCACGUGACAAAGAUACUAGAUGUGCUCCAAUACACGCGCAUUCUGAAAUGUCACAUCACACUGAACAUCUUCCAACAGAUCUCUUCGUACUUAGCCUUCUUCAACAGUGUCCUUAACCCCAUUCUCUACGUCUUAGUAGGGAAAACCUUUCAGAAACGAGCAAAGGAACUCUUCAUGUUGUGGAACAAGAAUCAAACAGCAUCUUUCACCCGACUGUCCACACGCCUGACAAGUUUUAAAUUUGAUCAGAGCUCAAAGUGAUGUGCAGGACUGCGAUCUUUUGGAUAGGUGCUGUUAUGGCUUACGCAGUUAAAUGGACAAUUAUUUACUCAGGCAAAGAGAAAAAUAUUGUUUUUGUAAUCUGAAUGUUGUUGUUUUUUGUUUAACAUUGUGCAUGCAUUACUUUUUCUUCAGAAAGUGAUAUUUAGCCAUAACAUGUUUAUUUCCUAGAGGCGAUACUGAAAGGCUGUCAGUGACUCUGCUUGGUGUAGUGAGGUCUGAGCGUUCUUUGACCGUUUCUCCAGUUGGAACAUAACUCCUGGCUUUAGUUAAGAGAAAGUAGCAUGGAGAAGACAGCUGGCAUGGAGAGAAGGCUAAAGAUAACUAGCAAGUCAUCUCAAAUGUGAUUCAUGCAACACUUCUGAAGUUAAAGAAAAUACACUGUUGGAAAAAAAGUCACAGUAGGACCUUUUUAUUGUCUUGGGCUUUGUUCCAUGUUUCAUCAGACUCUGACAGAGGAGUGAAUAACAGGAGACAUUACCUCAUGCUGUCAAAUUUUUGUUUUACCAACCGUCCAUGAACCCAUAUCCGCCGUGCAUAUGUAGUAUUUUGUAUUUGUUUUUGCACAUAAACGAUAAUAACCCAAAGGUAUCACAUUUUGAAAAAUAUAAUUAUAUAAUUAUAAUUACAAAUACAAUUACAUUUAAGGCCAUAUUUGAGCUUUCUUCUGUGCUAAAUAUCAAUGAAGUUAAAAUUCAAUGGCAAGCAAGGGUGUGGUUGUUCUUUAAAACCAGUGAUCCAGUAUAGCUUUCUCUUGACAUCCUGUUGACAUUCGUAGCAUGACAGGAUAUGGGGCUCAAAUUUCAAAUGUGCCAUUCUACUGCUCAUCCUCUAAUUGAUGUCUAUUAGACACAAUUUUGGAUUUAAUGCCAUAAUAACCCUGCUACAUAAUUGAAUGGCAUUCCCACCUUUACUUUAUAUUGCACAUGUGAUAAACACAAGCUAAGAUAAAGAAACAAAGAGAUGGCAGCAGUUUAACAGUGUUUAUACUGUUAACAUAAUAUUUACAUGGUAAGAUUUUCUACUUCACUUGUGUGCAUGUGUGUGGUUAUGUAGUUGGAGUACUCUGUGCUGUGGCAUGAUGCAGAUUUACUGCUACUGACUUGGAAUGUUUAUUGAUGAACUUAAAAAAAUUCAAAGAGUGAUUUUUUGUUUUGUUUUUUUGCAUUACAUUAAAAUAUUGUGUUUCUAUUCCCGUGACAUCAAAAAGAAAGUCUGUGUGGAUAUUUGCAAGGGUUUUAAAUUUGCAGUUUAAGUACAAUUUACAAUGCUUUAAGUAGUUUAUUUACUGUUUAAAAUCACCGAACACUGCUGGACACUGAAAUGCAUACCUCUUUUUCACAGCAAUCUUAAUGUAACACUCACUCAAUAUUAUCAUUUGUAGACACAAUAAA